UGCACGGCCAUAGCGCGAGGAACCAGGAGAAGCAUGGCUCCUAUCGAUGUCGUCUCCACCGAACAGCGCUGCUCCUUCAGCAAGCUCCAGGACGAGCGAUUGGCGAGCCGAUGCAUCAAGCCAAGGGUUGUCCUGGCGAAGAGCGUGCACGUGAUGGAGAGGGAGGCUCUCGGAGCCAGGGACCACCACGACCGGAUCAAGGCACUCUUUCCCAGCACCUACGGCCGGCCCCGGAUCGAGCUGGUCCCGGGAGGAGAAGCGGACGUCUUCGACAAGCCCCUCAACAUGGGCGUGGUCCUUAGCGGUGGACAGGCGCCCGGCGGCCAUAACGUUAUCGCCGGAGUCUUCGACUUCGCCAAGAAGUGUUCCCCUGAUUCCAAGGUUUACGGGUUCUUGAACGGACCUGCGGGUGUGAUGAAGGGCAUCUGCACGGAGAUCACGCCCGAGUUGAUGAACGCCUACAGGAACACGGGAGGGUUUGACAUGCUCGGGUCGGGACGCGACAAGAUCGAGACUAAGGAGCAGAUGGAGGCCUCCAAGAAGGUGGCUGAGGAGCUGAACCUCGAUGGACUCAUUGUGAUCGGCGGAGACGACUCUAACACGAACGCUGCCAUCCUCGCCGAGUACUUCGAGUCCAGCGGCUGCAAGACGAAGGUGAACGGCUGCCCCAAGACCAUCGACGGUGACCUCAAGAACGAGUACGUGCCCAUCAGCUUCGGUUUCGACACUGCGGCCAAGACGUUCAGCGAGGAGAUCGGCAACGUGCAGCUCGAUGCGCUGGCGUCCCAGAAGUACUACCACUUCAUCCGCCUCAUGGGAAGGGCGGCGUCCAACAUCGCGCUCGAGUGCGCCCUGCAGACGCGGCCCAACGUGUGCCUCAUUAGCGAGGAGGUCGAGGCCAAGGGCCUGUCGCUCAAGCAGAUCGUCGACGAUCUGGUGGAGAUGAUUCUCAAGCGCGCGGGAGCCGGCAAGAACUACGGCGUCGUCAUGCUGCCGGAGGGUCUGAUCGAGUUCAUCCCCGAGUUUAACGCCUUGAUCAGCGACAUCAAUGACGUGCUGGCCAGCGGCAUCCCCACCACCAUCGAGGGCGUGGUACCCGCACUCCAGCCGGCCAACCGAAACGUGUUCAACUACCUGCCGCAGUCCCUCAAGAUGCAGCUCCUACUGGAUCGCGACCCGCACGGCAACGUCCAAGUGGCCAAGAUCGAGACGGAGGUGCUCUUGGCGCAGGCCGUGGAGGCGGAAUUGGAGAAGCUCGCUGCUGAGGGCAAGUACGGCGGCAGGUUCGCUCCGCAGUUUCACUCGUUUGGCUACGAGGGCCGCUGCGCUCUCCCCAGCCACUUCGACUGCAGCUACUGCUACGCGCUGGGAUACACUGCUGGCGCGCUGACGUCCAAGGGGAUGAACGCCCUCAUGGCCUGCGCCAACAACCUGGACAUGCCCAUCGAGGACUGGACCGUGGGCGGAGUGCCCAUCACGAUGAUGUGCCACAUGGAGAGGCGAAAGGGCAAGGACAAGCCGGUGAUCAUGAAGGCUCUGGUCGAGCUUGACGGGCCUCGGUCCCAGCCUUUCCAGGCCUUCGCGGCGGAGCGUGAGAAGUGGAUGGUGCACGACAUGUACCGUGCGCCCGGAGCCAUCCAGUUCUACAGCGAGGGCGCCCGUAACGCGAACAUGACCCUGAUGUACGAGCUGCUAGGGGAAAAGGCGAAGGCGCUGACCCAGUGCGACCUCUCCGAGACCGCCGCCCCGGAGCCGGUGGCCAUGGGUGCGAGCAAGUUCUUGUUCCGCCCGGCCACAAAGGCGACCCGCAGCCUUGUCGAGCGCGCCCGUCUCGACUACGAGCCUAAGGUGCCCGACUGCUUGAAGUCGAGGUCGCUCGAGGGAGUCGAGCUUGAGGCAGACGAGCGGUCGCAAAGCAGCAGGCAAGCGGACCGCGGCCCUCUGGAGCGCAUGUUCCCGAGCACCUACGGCGCCAGGCUGUUGCAGGUCACCACCAAGACCUCCCCCCCGGCGGCCAACUCGGUGAACGGCGACCCCCGCGGCAGCGGCAGCAUCAUGAGCAACUGCAGCGGCAGCAGUAACGGGAGCGUGAACGGCGGCGACCCCAACGGACCGGUACGCGUGGCGGUGCUUUUCGCGGGGCGCCAGGCGUCCGGGGGCCACAACAUCAUCUGGGGGCUGCACGAGUACCUCAAGGGCACGGGUAGCACGGUGCUUGGCGUGGUCGGAGGCACGGUCGGUCUCUUCGAGCAGUCCACCGUCGAGGUGACGGACGAGCUCCUCGACGCCUACCGUAACCAGGGCGGGUUCGACCUCCUCGGGCGCAGCCGGGACUCCAUCCGCACCGAGUCGGAGCUCGCCAAGGCCAAGGAGGCUUGCGCGGCGCUGGACCUUGAUGGGCUGGUUGUGAUCGGGGGCAACACCACUGCUACCGACGCAGCGUACCUGUCGGAGUACUUCCACACCGCCGGCAUUAAGACCAGCGUCGCGUGCGUGCCUUGCACCAUCAGCGGCGGCAUGAAGAACAACUUUGUGGAGAGCGCCGUCGGGUUCGACACCGCUGUCAAGGUGUAUUCCCAGCUGGUGGGCAACACCGCCAUCGACGGAGCGAGCGCGAGGAAGUACUGGUACUUCAUGCGCCUCAUGGGACAGGACCCCAGCCACAUUGCGCUUGAGGUGGCGAUGCAGACGCACCCCAACAUGGUGCUGCUUGCGGAAGACGUGAGGGCCAAGCGCUGGUCGCUGCAGGACAUCGUGCGGGAGAUCUCGGACGUUGUGCAGGCCCGCUCGGAGAAGGGCAAGAACUUCGGCACCAUCGUGAUCCCCGAAGGUCUCGUUACCGCGAUCCCCGAGAUGGAGGUGCUGAUCGAGGAGAUCGACGCCCUGUACGUGGAGCACGCCGGGCCCGAGUCGUCGUCCAACACCCUGUCCAGGGAGGAGGUGCAGGAGCGGCUCACGGUCUGGAGCAAGGCCUUGCUGGCGUCGCUGCCGGCGUUUAUCCAGGAAGAGUUGUGCCUGGAGAGACAGAGCAACCACCGCGUCCAGCUGUCCCAGAUCGAGACCGAGAAGAUGCUGGUCUGCUUCGUUGAGGAGGAGCUGCGAAGGAGGAAGGAGGCCGGGAGCUACAAGGGGAACUUCUCUGCGGUGUGCAGCCACCUCGGCUACCAGGCCCGGAGCGCCCUCCCGAGCAACUUUGACUGCGACUACGCGUUCACCCUCGGAGGAGCGGUGGCUAUCCUCAUGCACCGCAGGAUGAGCGGAUACCUCGCAACCGUGACCGGCCUCAAGGAGCCGGUGGAGGGCUGGAAGGUGGGAGGUGUCCCCCUUACCUCGCUCCUGGUGGCCGAUGACCAGGAGAAACUCCCCACCGGACAGUGCCGUCCGCGGGUUCCCCCGACGCCCAUCAACCUCCGAGGGGACGCCUACCUCAGCCUGCAGAAGGUCCUUGCGAAUGCUCAGAGUAAGGACCUCUACCGCAACCCGGGACCGGUGCAGUUUGCGGGAGACACCGCCGACAACCGCCUCAUGUCUCUCGAGCUCGAGACAGACGACUACCUCGGGCAGCUGGCGGAGCUCCGCGGGGCCCUCAGGGGAAUUCAGGAGUCGUGCCGCCCGGGCUGCAGCAGCAACAUCCUCAAGCUCUCCACCAAGACUCUCCAGAACCUGACGGAGAUCAUGGAGCUCCAGGCCCACUUCGCGUGAUGGACCAAUUUCGUUUGUUUGCUUAGAAAAUGGGACUUUGGUUCAUGAAGUGACUCAUUCAACUAUUCUUGGGAACACAAAAAUAGUUUUGCUGUUUUUUUUGGGACGCGGUGGUGUAGGCGUAAUUUUUCACCCGUGCGCUCUCCUUACCCGUACGUUAGCGGCCGCGAGGAGGAGGUAUUUGGAGGCGUGAACUCGACCUGCUUCCGUCCUUCGCCCCCACCUUCAACUUGCUUGCGCGAUGGCCGUGACGUGCAGGACUUUCGUUGACCCGCCACUCCUUGACUGUGGGACGUUGUGUUGACUAGAGAGCGGCGCUUGGGGACCCGUUUUUUUCAUAGUAGUGAUGGUAGUGUUAAGUUCCACACCCUUGAAGUGAGUACGUGGUUGUUUGAUUCCUUUUUUGACUCCUGUGGUCUGGUGCACCUCGUGCCCAGGCUUGCUUGUGUUCAUGCGUUCAUGGGUCAUGAUUCUUUGUAUCCUUGAUUUGGGUGUCUUGGUGGAAAUGAGCGGCCUCGUGCUGCCUGCCAGACACGCGCGAAAUCAGCGAAGCAUGUGGUGCGACGUGGUUCGCUUUGUGUGAUUGAACUUGUUAAACCCUUUCGAAUCCCCCCCCCCCCCCCCCCCC